GUAACCAUGAACACCUUGGUCUAAGUAUUACGCCAUAAAUCCCCAACACGGUUGAACGGUGCCUGACAAGUAGAAAAAACCCCAUUCCGAAACAACUGGCAAGUGGGCAGGUUGUGAAAACGAAACGGGUGGCUAUGUUCACGCCACGACUCCAAUAAUCCGCGACAUGGCAAAAAUCUUUAAUUAGUUCUGCUUUUUUCCUUCAACAAGUCAGGGGUCUGGUAGCUGCUUGCUGUACUCCACCAGAUUUGUACGUAGAAAGCAAAAUAGACCGAUCACAUAGCAAUUAGAUUCAUUGUACUGGGGACUGAAAUUUCACGAACAUAGUACUAGUGCAGGAGCAAAGUAGAAUUGGUUACUCAGAAGAUAACUGAUUUGGGAAUUUUGAAGGAUUUAUCUUAAAGUGAGUUAUUUCUGUGGUCAGAAUUCAAGAAAUGAAAAAUGAUGAUGAAGUAGUGUUACACCCAUGAAAGGUAUAUCUUUCUCUGAAUCACUAUCAGCCUUUGCAUUGACAUACAUUGGCUGUGGUAAAUGUAAUGGGUAUAUCAAGCCCAACUAUGCUACCAGAAUUGUGGCUAAGAAGAGCAAGAAUUCCGAGACUCCGUCUCCUAAGGAUACUGAGACACCUCCUCCAAGGAUUACAUCAAACUUGAAGCAGAAUUUGCAGUUCCUAAGAUUAUGGAAGGACUUCCAAAAGAGAAAGUCCAGUACACCGAAGCCUGCUACCAGUUAUCGUAAGAAGAGGGUGGAGAAGGAAGAACUGCCAGAAGAUGAAGAGAUCUACCGUGAUCCUACUUUAGCACUAUACUAUACAAAUCUGGUCUUGGAUGGUGCUGUUCCCGUCUUGCUCGUUGAUGGAUAUAAUGUGUGUGGAUAUUGGCCAAAGUUGAAGAAGCAUUUUAUGAAUGGAAUGCUUGACAUUGCUCGUCAAAAGCUUCUUGAUGAACUUGUAUCAUUCAGUUUGCUAAGAGAGGUGAAAGUGGUGGUUGUAUUUGAUGCCAUGAUGUCUGGACUACCUACACACAAGGAAAACUUUGAGGGUGUUGAUGUAGUAUACUCAAGUGAAACAUGUGCUGAUGCAUGGAUUGAGAAGGAGGUGGUUGCAUUGAGGGAGGAUGGGUGUCCAAAAGUCUGGGUUGUCACAUCUGAUCACAAUCAGCAGCAUGCAGCCUAUGGAGCAGUAGGGGGCUUUUGUUUGGAGCUGCAAGGCAUUAAUCUCUGAGAUCAAAGCUUCACAUAAGGAGGUUGAGAGAAUGCUGCGGGAACAUAGAUCUACUUCUAUGCAAGGUAAAUUGCUAAAGCACAACCUUGAUUCAGAAGUUGUGGAUGCUCUCAAGGACCUCAGGGACCAGCUUUCUCAAAAUGAGACACGCAGGUGAUAGUAGUUUCCCGUGAGAUAAUAUCCGAGACGAAGCCAGAAUUUUAAGCCAGUGGAUUGCAAAAUCAUCAUUACACUCACUACUUUGUGACAGUAGUUUUGAUAUCAGUAUAAAUUUAUGCAUUUCUAAAAAUUAUUAACUGCGUAUAUGCAUAUUGCGCUGAUGCUGCCUUCAACAGUGGGUUAUAUCCUCCACUUCGUGCUUACCUCAAGGAGAUGCAAACAUUUACUUCUUGCUUUCCUUUUUGCUAAUUCAACACUAGUCUCAGAAAAAUUGUUGUAUUUACAAAGUAUCCUUCUACAUUGUACAGCAUCCUCUAAUUUCAGGGAGUGGUAUAUAAGUUGGAUCAGUUUAUUCUUCUA